UAUUUUUGUAAUCUGCCACCAGAGGGAUGGUAAACCGUUAGUCAUUGGGAAAUAUUUGGUGGAAGAUGGAGUCUCCGUAUUUUCUUGAAUUAAGUCCAAACCCUAUAAGGUUUGAACCGGUUAGCAAACUAACAAAUGUGUUUUUCGACGAUGCAAACCGACAGGUGUUUGCAGUCCGUUCUGGUGGUGCCACGGGAGUGGUGGUCAAAGGACCAGAUGAUCGUACAAAUGCCCAUUUUCGAAUGGAAGAUAAAGGAGUCGUUAUCUCCAUUAAAUUUUCACCCGAUCAGAAAGUUUUGGCUAUACAAAGGUGCCAGAAAUCUGUAGAAUUUGUUAAUUUCACUGGAAAGGAAAUUGACACCUUAGAAUAUUCUCAAAGUUGUAAAGGGAAAGCAACUAAGAUUUUAGGUUUUGUUUGGACUUGUGUGAACGAAAUAACCUUUGUAACCGAUCACGGGAUCGAGUUAUAUCAAGUUAUAUCGGAAAAGAGGAGUUUGAAGUCCGUCAAGACCGUUAACAUUCCCGUCAAUUGGUUCGUUUACCAGCCAGAAUCUUCUCUGUUGUUGAUAUCUUCGGGAACAAUGGGAAAUAUAAUGAAUCCUUUCCAGUUUAAACCCGGCGCUGUCUUCAGGCUUCCGAAAUUCGAAGUGGAUCUACCCGUCGUUCCCAAACCGCCAAAGUUGUCCUUGCUGGAACGGGACGUGACUCUAGAGACAAUCUAUCAAAAAAUAUGCGUGAUCGUGUUGAGGCACCAGCCACGUACGUCUGGUGGAGGAGGGGCAGAAAUCGUUCUCUAUUCUUUGCAGAAGGACGGUCCACCUCGUAAGACCGAUAUACUGAAACUCGACAUGAGCGGUAGAUUUGCGGUUCACGUCGUCGACGACCUGGUCGUUGUUCAUCAUCAGGCUUCGAAGACUUCCAUGUUGUUCGAUAUUAGACUGCCGGGGGAUAGCGAUGGAUUUGUCACUUAUCACGUGCCCGUUGUGCGUCCUUGUCCCAUUAAACCUUUUGUGUUGAAAUUAUCGUCUGUUCCACCUCAUAUGAGUUUUGACGGUGAUGAACAAGUGUGUGAUUUAUAUUCUCCUAAUUGGGUGGUGUUUCAACCUAAUAUUAUAAUUGAUGCAAAAUUAGGUUGUCUUUGGUAUGUCCAGCUGCAGUUAGAACCUAUAAUUAAUAUGAUCGACAACAAAUGUCUCCUUGUUGAUUUUCUGUUGCUCCGUCAAAAUUCGAAAUCUGUUUUGCUAGAAGUUUGCAAGAAUGUUGUUUUAUCUCGUCGUGAAGAUACGUUAUCAUUGCUAUCAAAAAUAUUUGACAAAUUGAAUCUUGUUUGUAAGAAGCAUAUAGAAAGACAAAGUGUGGUUGCAGGAGCGCAAUUGUCUAUUAUGCCAAAACCUGUGAUUGUGUGCGAUCAGUCGGACAUGUAUACGGUAUUUUCUGUUUUUGAAGUUAGUGAAGAUUCAAACUAUAAAUAUAUUGUUGCCAUACUUGUGGAAUACAUUCGAUCAUUGACGCAGUAUCAAUUGCCUGUGCAACAUUUUCUUCAUGAACUUUUAAUCAAUCAUUUGGUUCAGCAUCGUUGCUUUUAUCAGCUUCAUCAAUUUCUACAGUACCAAAUUCUAACUGAUUCUAAACCAUUAGCAUGUUUAUUACUUUCAUUGCAAAAUCUCUAUCCUGCUUCUGAUCAGUUAGCUUUGGACAUGUUGAAGAGAUUAGGAAAAGCUAAUGAAGAAAUUGUAGAAAUUCUUCUUUCCAAACAACAGAUAAUAUCUGCUCUGAGGUUUAUAAGAAAUUGUGGAAAUAUUGAUACAGUUUCUGCAAGGAAAUUUUUACAUGCAGCAAAGAACACAAAUGAUCCUUCGACCUUUUAUGCUGUUUACAAGUUUUUUGAACAACGCAACAUCAGAUUAAGAGGAUUGCCACAAUUUGAACCUGGUGAACAUUGUGAUCUGUAUACAAAGCAUUUUGAAAUGCUCUUUGGAUCUUCACAAACAAGCUGACAUUAAUUUGAAUGCAAAAUAGUACAAUUCUGUUAUUUGGUAUAUGAGAAUAUUGAGCAAUUAGAGAUCAUAACAAUAAAUAAUUGUGUAUAAAUGCCUCACAUAGUUUGCAAACAAUUGUUUUGGUACAUAGAGAAUUAUUAUUAUUUCAAAAGUGUUAGGAGGAGACUAUUUAUAUAUUACAUAAUUUAUUUUUCAAUAAAUUUAUAAUGUUAACAUAUUGAGAAAAUGAAAAACGGCAGAGUAAAGAAAAAAGGCUGGUGUUAAUUGUUAAAAUAUUAAUAUAUGAAUUCUUUAAAAAAAAUUACCUUUUGAAGUUGUAAUAAUUUAUUGACUUGAUAACAAUUGAUAAACAGCUUCUUGAAAUGUUGUCAUAGGAGAUUGUAUUUAUGUACAGAAUGAGGUGCAAUUAACCGAAUGCCCAAUACAAGGCAUUUGUGCAAAUAUUAUCUAGUCGUCCGUAUUUAUAGACCACUUAUCAGUUGUAAAUAUGCAUCAAAACAAGUAUUUCUUUCUUUAUAUAGUUUCUUACAGAUAAAAAUAAAGAUGUAUACAGUAAUUGAUGUUUUAAAUAAAUAUGCAAUAUUAAUAAGGAUGUAACUUCAGAUUGUUAAAAGGCUCAUUUUUUGAUUCAUCCAAAUUCUAUGUAAACAUCUGAAAUCUUUAAUAAUAAUAGUAAUAAUUUCAAAUAUAUUAAUAAAUAAAAAAAAAAAGAUUAAAUGCAAUUUUAGAAUGUCUAUAGAUAUUAUUAUAUGUAUGUAUCAAGAAAAAUAAAUAAAAAAUUAAGUAUUGUAAGCCAUUAUAUUGAAUGAUGGCUACAAAGGCAUUUUGACAAAAACAUUGUU